AUGUCACCUUCAACAAGUCAAGCUCUGGUAAUCGGCUUAUUAUCAGGUGCAGCUAUGACUGUACUUGCUACAGGAUUAUUUUCUUACUGGAGACCCGAGACAAAAGCUGAAGAAGUUAAACAUGAAGAAGAAAUGCAACCUGACAUUGUGGACGGUGUUGCAGGCUUAAUUGGAAACACCCCUCUUAUGAAAAUCAAAAGUCUUUCUGAAGCAACAGGCUGUCUUAUUUUAUUUUUAAAUCCCGGUGGUAGUUCUAAAGACAGAGUAGCAUUAAAUAUGAUUAAGACAGCAGAAGAAAGCGGUAUUUUAAAGCCCCAUACAGGAAGCACUGUGUUUGAAGGUACAGUAGGAUCCACUGGCAUUUCAAUUGCCAUGAUUGCUCGUGCCAAGGGAUACAAGGCCUGGAUUGUCAUGCCGGAUGAUCAAGCCGUCGAAAAAUAUCAAUUAUUAGAAAAAUUAGGAGCCACCGUUGAAAAAGUCAGGCCUUGCAGUAUCAUUGAUAAGAAACAAUUUGUCAAUCUUGCUAGGGAAAGAGCCUCCAAGUUUGGCGAAGGAGAAGCUACCGGUUAUUUUGCCGAUCAAUUUGAAAACGAAGCCAACUUUCAAGCUCAUUAUACGUUCACCGGCCCUGAAAUUUAUCGUCAAACUGCUGGUAAAAUCGAUGCUUUAGUAUUAGGUGCUGGUACAGGUGGCACUUUAUCCGGUAUCACCUGUUUCUUAAAGGAACACGUUAAGAAUAUGAAGGUCUUUUUAGCUGAUCCUCAAGGUUCUGGAUUAUACAACAAGGUUAAAUACAAUGUCAUGUACGCACCCACAGAACAGGAAGGAAACAGAAGAAGACAUCAGGUCGAUACCGUAGUGGAAGGUAUUGGGAUCAACAGAUUGACCCAAAACUUUGACAGAGGAAGACGUUAUAUCGAUGAUGCUUUCCGUGUCACGGAUGAGGAAGCCAUUAAAAUGUCUCGGUACCUUGUGCGUGAAGAUGGUAAUGAAAUAUGA